AUGGCGACCGCGGCGGACAGGUUUAACAUCAACAGCCAACUCGAGCACCUGCAGUCGAGGUACGUCGGCACCGGUCACGCGGACACGAACCGGUUCGAGUGGGCGGUGAACAUCCACAGAGACAGCUACGCGUCGUACUUUGGCCACCAUCCGAUGAUGCAGUACUUCGCGCUCGCGGAGAACGAGAGCAUCGGACGCGUGAAGUACAACAUGAUGCAGAAGAUGCUGCUGCCGUGCGGGCUGCCCCCGGAGCGCGACGAGGAGUGA